AUGACGGUGAUCGACUUUGGUCACAUGCUAUUUGAAGUAUCGAGGCGGGCGUACCGCGCGGGCACACCUGAUGCUGACGCCGAGUCCACAGCACACGAUCUCUCUAGGGCAACUAAGAUCCUCGAAACCUCCAUCAGUGCCGGCAUGCAACCCAUCACUUCCGAAGAGUCUGAACUCUUGCGCAUUGCCAAUAGCUGCCGAGAAGCUGCAAAAAAGCUAGGGGAAAUGUACGAAAAGCUGGCUGUGCCUAGAUCCGGUCAAAUAUCCUGGUCCGGUCGUGCGACGAAGGCUGUCUUGGUGGGCAUGAAGCGGCAAUGGCAACGUCAUAAAUUCGAUGAGCUCAACAACGUAUUGAUCGGCUGCCAAACUGCUAUGCAGACCAGAAUUCUUGUCUACCUCUACCAAACCAACAAAGCACAAGAAGCUAUGCGCCUCGAAGAGUUCUCGACCCUCAAUCGUUCUCUACAAAAUUUCAUCCGUGCGGUGUCCAAGGCCAAAUUUGGGAUGGAUGACCUCCUGUUGAGAUUGAACGAUCUCCACGCACUCCAGCUAAACACCAGGGAUGAUCUCCAUACGAUCCAGCUAGAAACCAAGAGUAGCAUCCAGCAAGACCGUCUCUUGGCCAGUCUGAAGUUCGACGGGAUGAACCAGCGGUUCAACCACGAUGUCAGGGACGCCCAUCACGAUACUUUCAAAUGGCUCUUUGGCGAGAACAUCGAUUCUACCACAUCAUCAGACGUCAACUCGCGAGACAGCACAUUGUCCAGCUGGUCGAUCAGGCAGCGGGAUAAGAUGCUUCGGGCUCGCCAAGAGACAUUUGAUGACUUUGGCCAAUGGUUGAAAUCUGAUUCGAGCCUGUACUGGAUCAGUGGCAAGGCCGGUGCUGGCAAAAGCACGCUGAUGAAGUUCAUCUGCCAGCACCUAAGUCACUCAAAGCCAACGGCGGACACGGUUGUCCUUCACUACUUCUUCUGGUUCAACGCUCCAACCAGCACAAUGCAGCGAAGUAUCGCUGGGAUGCUGAGUACAUUGCUUUACCAGCUGCUGCAACAUGAUCGAGCUCUUGUUCCUCACCUGAUCCACAGCAUGCCCGAGGCGCGUUUAGAGGACAAGGACAGUCCAUGGGAUUGGACUCUCGACGAGCUGGAGCGUUGCUUACAUACCGCACUUCGUUCCAGAGGAGUAAAACGCUCCGUAUGUCUCAUCAUCGAUGGCCUGGACGAGGUUCUUGAGGCGGAUGGAGCCAAUGCGCUCCUCAGGAGUAUCCGACAACUUGAAAAACUCCGUACUGUCCGGUUAUGUGUCUCAAGCCGUCCAGAACCAGUGUUCAACCGAGAUCUCGGGCAUUCGAGACAUCUUCGCCUGGAGAAGUUGACGGCACCUGACAGACACCGCUUCGUGAUGGAUGCCCUCCAGCCUUAUGCAUCACGCUUUCCUCGAGAUUCCUGUACAGAGGGCAUCGAAUGGUUUAUUGCGCAGCUUGUUGGGAAGUCUGAGGGGGUCUUUCUCUGGACGCGUGUGGCUACUCAAAGCCUGGUGCGCGGAUUGAAUGACGGCAACUCCAUCGAGACGCUCAAACAACGGCUGGAUGCGACCCCGGCCGACUUGUACGGUCUCUUUGCUUCGAUGUGGAAGCGACUCGGAGAAGAUGAGCAGUUUUAUCGAACUGGGGCAGCUAAUGUGUUUCGGUUACUCCUCUGUGACGACGAGAAGAACAUCUCAGCCAGACUUCUUGAAGGACGAAGCGACAACAUCGAUCUGAUGACUCUUCAUCUAUCUCUCCACCGGGAGGAAUCUGCGCGGGUGAUCCAGGAGUUUGAAAGGCCCGACGGGACUACUUGCGAGAUGAUUCUUUCGCAUUGUGUUGGUCUGGUCGACAUUGAUUCCCAACCUCGUACCAAGAUUGUCGACGCAUGUAUCGAUCUUGCCUUGGAGAGGAUAGCCCGCUCUUUCGACUCUAUCUCGCGUGUAUUGCUCGUGCAGCAUUGUUCAGGGGGCCUGGUCACAAGCAGGAAGACUGUUUGA